CGGUAAUGUUUUUAUCCAAAGGAUAUUGAGUUCCAGUCUCAUUGCAAGUGAACUUCCUUUUCCGGUUAUCGCCAAUACAGAAGAUGUACUCGGCGAGAGCUAAGAUUGUAAAACCUCCGGGUGAAAAGCCUGAUGAGUUCGAGUCCUCAAUAUCUCAGGCUCUCCUAGAGCUGGAGAUGAACAGUGAUCUCAAAGCCCAGUUGAGAGAACUUUACAUUACAGCAGCAAAGGAGAUCGAUGUUGCUGGCAAGAAGGCCAUAAUUAUCUUUGUGCCUGUACCACAGUUGAAAAGCUACCAAAAAAUCCAGACCCGUCUGGUGAGAGAACUUGAAAAGAAGUUCAGUGGAAAACAUGUAGUUUUCAUUGCACAGAGGCGUAUACUGCCAAAACCAACCAGAAAAACCAAGAAUAAGCAAAAGCAAAAGAGACCCAGGAGCCGCACAUUGACUGCUGUACAUGAAUGUAUAUUGGAUGACCUUUGCUUUCCAUCAGAGAUUGUUGGUAAACGUAUCAGAAUAAAGUUGGAUGGCUCAAGACUCAUCAAGGUUCAUUUAGAGAAAACACAACAAACAAAUAUUGAGCACAAGUUGGACACAUUUACAGCUGUGUACAAGAAACUUACAGGAAAAGACGUUAACUUUGAAUUUCCAGAAUAAAUGCUUGUGUUUGUAAAGCUCUAAAUAAAUAAAGAGAAAAAAACUCAA